UUGACUCUCUCUUCUAAGCUAUCCCACCUUCCACACUUUUAUUAUAUUUACCAUUCCUUUUCUUUAUGAAUAUCAAUUAAUUAAUUUAAAGGCCAAAAGAAGAAAUACAAUGAAUUUGCAGGAGAGUGGUUGCUUUGAUCCCCAGUACUCCAUGACACAUUGGCAUGCACUCAUGGUCAUGGGGGGGCUGCCUAGCCCUGAUGGCACUACCACCCAAACUCACGACAUUUUGGAAGACAAUCUCAAUCUCUCUUCUUACAACCAUCACCAGCUUGAAGAAGAAGAUGCCUCCACCGCUGUUCAAAUGGAAAUCCAACAGCAUCAUUUGCUUGACACCACCACCACCAAUUCCCAUUUCAUCCGUCCGGAGCUUUCCUAUGAACAAUCCAACUGGGAUGCGGCUGACCACCAAAGUUUCAAUAUGUUGCUAUCUUCUUCAUCCCCAGAAGCCGCUUACCCUCCCACACCUGACCUUCUCAACCUUUUCCAUUUACCACCUAAAUGCGCUUUUCUCCCCAAUUCCUCCAUUUCCUUCAAAAGCGACUCUGCCUCCUCUGUUGUCUGUGACCCACUUUUCCAUCUUAACCUCACUCCUCAGCCUCCUGUCUUCAGGGAGUUGCUGCAAUCUCUGCCGCAUGGAUACACCCUGCCAGCUGAUGAGAAAGAGCUUUAUCAUGAUGGGGACAAUGGGAUUCUCGAGUUCACUAGGGACAUCUCUAUGGCUGCCCAUGCCAAAGGCAGAGAUAAAGCUGGCAAAACCACCAAACACUUUGCAACGGAGAGAGAAAGGAGAGUUCAUCUCAAUGACAAGUUCCAGGCUUUGAGGACAAUGGUCCCUAGCCCCACUAAGAAUGAUAGGGCGUCUAUAGUUGGAGAUGCUAUAGAUUACAUCAAAGAGCUUCUUAGAACUGUUCGUGAGCUUAAAUUAGUGGUGGAGAAAAAGAGGUGCGGCCAAGACAGGAGCAAGAGGCUUAAGACCGAAGAGACAGCUAGUGCUGCUGAUGCAGGGGAUGGCGGGUGCAAGCUUCUAGGUCUAGGUGAUCCAGACCAAUGCUAUAACACUUGCUUGAGGAGCUCUUGGCUUCAGAGGAAGUCCAAGAAUUCUGAGGUUGAUGUACGCCUUAUUGAUGAUGAAGUUACAAUCAAACUUGUUCAAAGAAAGAAGAUUAACUGCUUGCUGUUUGUGUCCAGACUCCUCGAUGAGCUUCAGUUGGAUCUCCACCAUGUUGCCGGUGGCAACAUUGGUGACUACUACAGCUUUCUCUUCAACACCAAGAUAUAUGAAGGCUCUUCUGUUUAUGCAAGUGCCAUAGCCAACAAGCUCAUUAAUGUGGUGGAUAAACAGGAUGCAGCAGCUGCUCCACCAACCAGUAGCACUUGUCUCUAGUUUUUCAGUGAAGGAAGAGUUUCAUAUUUAUGUCUAUCUAUGUUUUCUAGGGAAAUAAAGUAGCUUCAAUUGUUCGGUUAUCAUCACAUAUUACUUUGAUUAUUAUUAUUAAGGAUUUGAUAAUGCUAUUUUAUUGUCAGCAA